AUGAUCUCUACGAACUUCGCCGUUUCCACUUCCUCCAGCGCUCCCCACUCGUCGCAAUCCCGUUCAACUCGCGAUGAACGCGACUCGCUCCACCGCCCGAGGUUCUCGGACUGGAUGGGGGAAGGGUCGCUGGAUCAGCCCGAAAGUCACUUGCUCGACGCGUCGUUCAGUGACCAAGCAGAACACGACGAAGGGUAUAGUUCCUCUGCAUCACUUUCCACCCUAUCAGAGCAGUACGGGACGCAGGGCGACGAAGGAGGGAGUAUCAUCCAGUCGUCCGCUUUCGAUGCCGAUGGAAGUGGCUAUACGCACUACCGCCAUCUCAGUCUCACCGAUGGCGUUGGGGACGAGCCCGACUGGAGCGCAUACGGCGCAGACUUUUGGACCCUCGACGCGGGGAUCCCCAGCUACGACCUACCUGGCUACGAGGAGAACAACUUCGUGCUCGAGACAGGAGCCGUCGUCGACCAUCUCUUGCACGGGUAUCUACCUGAACACCAGCAGGAGGGUCCGGACUUACUGCCUCUCCCGUUCGAGUACGACUACUCCACCCGGCCCGCAGAGGUUGUCGCGCGAAUCAACAGUCAUCCUUCCACGUCCUUUCCCUUCCCCUCGUCUACUACUGGACGCGGCCCCCAGUCCCCACUCGCACACGCGUUCGACACCGCGCCUCGAACGAUCAUGUCGGCUCCUCUUCCCCAAGCGGGACCGUCCGGUCUGAUAGAGGAUGCACCGCCUAUGGUCAACCCCGCUCAGCCGACGAUGCAACUGGGCGGCGGCAAACGUCUUCGAUCGGAAGAGGACACGCCGAGGACACCCCCUCGACCAUCCAAGAAGUCCAAGGGCCCCAGAUCAAUGAGCCGAACGACACCUACCCGCCCGGUCGUGGAGGCGAAUCGCGCGUCCAGAGCUGUCGCUGCACCGCGCCCCGCAUCACCAGUUGCGGGUCCCUCGAACUUCCGUGGGUCAGCAGCGGAAACGGACGAAUCUGCGGUGGACGACUCGGACGCUGACUCGGAGGUCGACGACGACAGUGAUCACGCCGACGAUGAGACUGCCGCGACGGGGAUGUGUACGAAGCGGGCUCGGCGAACCAAGGCCCAGGUCGCAGCAGUCACGCGCACGGACCUGCAAAAGGUCCACUGCCCCGUCGAUGGUUGCACGACGAUGUUUGACCCAUUGACGCACGACGCGAACCGCAACCACCUCAAGCUGCACUAUCCGGAGGGGGCACUCGACAACAAUGCGUCUCUGCCGUGCCUUUGGGCAGGGUGCAUGAUGCGGAAGGGGAAGGGUAAGCCGUGGACGCAGACGCGGAAGCCGGGGACUACCAUGAUCACCCACCUCCACAAGGACCAUGUGGGCCAGGCGUACACCUGCCCCGUUGAGGGCUGCACUACGUGGGCAUCGAGCCGUAGCGGGGAUCUACCGCAACAUCUGGCCAGGAAUCACAAGGGAUGGCGACCGCCGUGA